CUGUGGCAACACUCCCAUUGUAGCUAUAUGAUUUCGCAUUAGUUUUUAUUCAUAUUUGCGGGAUUACUGACUUUAAACAAGAUACUAAGCUAUGGCAGAUGGGAACUCAGCAGAAAAUGGGGCAUUGUCAGAUAUCACGAAAUCUGACACCUCUAUUGACACAAUCUCAAAGACCCCAUCUAUUGGACCGCCUGUGGAAACAGAAAUUAUUGAAGAGCCACUUCCUUCCAUAGAAGAUGUUGUACUAAUUGAUCCAGAAUGUUUAGAAUUAGAUCUGAACCAUCAUCGUAUUGAAAAGCUAGAGAAUUUUGAACCUCUGAAAUGCAUUGAACGUCUUUAUCUACGCUGGAAUCUUAUAAAGAAAAUUGAAAACCUCGACACAUUGACAACGCUCCUGGAACUAGAACUUUACGAUAACCAAAUCACUAAAAUUGAGAAUCUAGAUACAUUAGUAGAUCUAGAACAGUUAGACUUGAGCUUCAACCGUUUAACUAAAAUAGAAAAUGUAGAUAAAUUAGUUAAUUUGGAAAAGAUUUUCUUAUGUGCUAACAAGAUACAAGUUAUUGAAAACUUAGGCAUGUUAACUAAUUUGACUAUGCUGGAAUUGGGUGAUAACAAAAUUCGUAAAAUACAAAAUAUUGAAAUGCUGGUAAAUCUACGCCAACUGUACCUUGGCAAGAAUAAGAUAACUAAAAUUGAAAAUUUGGACACAUUGGUCAAUCUGGAAUGUUUAAGUUUACAAGCUAAUCGUAUUGUUAAAAUCGAGAAUUUGGAUAAGUUAGUUAAUUUGACUGAACUUUAUUUAUCGGAAAAUGGUAUAGAAAUUAUUGAAAAUUUAAAUUCAAAUACGAAUUUGGAAACUUUAGACUUGGCCAAAAAUAGGUUGAAAUCGAUAGACAACGUUGCCGAUUUAAAAGAACUAGAGGAAUUAUGGCUAAAUGAUAACAGUGUUUCCGACUGGAAAAAUAUUGAAAAUCUAAAAGAAAAUACAAAGCUUAAAACUAUUUACUUGGAACACAAUCCCGUAGCCACAGAUAAGAUGUAUCGCUUCAAGUUGCGUUCCAUUUUGCCAUGGCUUGAAAAAAUUGAUGCCACUCUAUGUCGGUAAAAAUGCAUAUCUCAAGUAAUUUUCAUGUACUAAUAAAAUAUCAUUCAAUAUGAAGAAAAUUGGAAACUUAAAAAAAAUUAAUUCUGAACCUAGUUUUAAUUUUUCGAAAACCUGGCAGCAAAAAUUCAAUUUCCAGAUUCUUCUAAUAUUUCUAAAAUAUUUUCAUUACUUUACUGGUGAUCCGCGUAAGUGCAUUUUAAGCGUCUAUCAUUUUCAAUGGAAAUUAGUCAUAUCUGACCCUUACAUUCAAAUGUAUGCAUAGACCGCUGGAUGUGUUUCUAAUUUGGUGACUAACUCAUAGAUAAGUAUUUGUAAAGCUAAUAAACAACAUUUGAAUAAAGAUUUCACAACAUAUACAAAACAUAA